AUAGAACUUGUAUACAUGAGUUUAUCAUCGAUCUCUCUUUCACAGGUUUCUGGUUUGUUGUUCGCAAUUGCUGGCUUUGUCUGUGCUGUCAUGUCAGUACCGUUUGAUCAUUUUAAGUUUGCACAUGGUGCCAUUGGUUUGGACAUCAUGAUUGUCGGCGUAAUGCAACCGCUGAAUGGUUUCUUUCGUCCUCACAAGUCGCCCGAUGGCUCACGAACUUUAAAGCGAAUUAUCUGGGAAUGGUACCACAAGCUUGCAGGCCGUUUUGCUCUGAUACUAGCCCUUAUUAAUAUCUGCCUUGGUCUCUUCCUGGACGUGGUACCAGUAGCAGCCUGGGCCGUGUGGUAUGCGUACUUAUGUGUUCUUUGUUUACUCUAUGUUGUCAUGGAGAUAAGACUCAGACGUAAAAACAGCGCCAGGACAGGAAAUGCUGAUAUACUGGCGAUGGAGAAAAAGUAGAAGCCUCACUAGUUAGUUUUACAGAAACUAGAUGUAAAUCAUAAAGAGAAUAAUAAUCUUAAGAACCGUCUGCCAGCGAGGCUACAGUGAUAAUUAAUUCAAAAUAUUCUAAUUUGCUCUAAGUUUGUUCACAAGUGACGUUAAGUUAGCUUUUAUUUUAGUGUCGGUAAGAACUAUGUUAUGCUUGGAAAGUGCUUUUAAGUACGACAUUUGUACGGCAUUUUGAAUGCUGAGAUUCGAGCUAAUAGCAAUAAAAACUCACUAAUAUAAAUUUUGAUGCACGAAAUUAUCAGAGAAAGUAAAUUUGCUACUGGAAAUUCCAUAAUUUCUUCAUGAUUCAAGAUGGCGGCCAUAUUAGUAGUAGUACGUCUAAUGCCUUCGAUUCAUAAAAAAUAAUGUCGGAUGUAAAUAGAUGCUGUUCCUGGUUUGAACUGCAGUUUCGACUCUAAUAUGUAAUAAACAGUACAAAUAUGAUCUGAUAUCACGGUUAAUUAUCGUAAUAUGAAUGCAUUUAUUUGAAAAUAUACAUACAUUACAUUCUAGCGAGGUGUGCACGAUCAAAUACAUAUACAAUAUCAUCAUAAUCAAAUGUAAUAAAACCAAUAAAUAAAAUAAUAAAUAAUAGUUUAUACUA